UUACUUCAUCUCCAUCAACUCGAUCGUCACUUCUCUUUAUAUAUUCUCUGCAAAACCUAUAGAAGCAAGCGAAGAAACAAUGUCGGAUAUCAUCACAAAAUACCCCAAAAGGAAGAUGGAGACAGUGAUUGAUAUAGAAGCACCUGCUCAGAAGAUCUACAAUGUCUUCAAGGAGACAGCCUUCCAUGUUCCAGGCCAUGCUCCUAAUCACAUCCAAGGCGUUGAGGUUCAUGAAGGUGCCUGGGACAAACAUGGCUCUAUUAAGGUCUGGACCUACACAUUUGAAGGGAAAACUACGACCUUCAAGGAGAGGGUGGAAUUUGAUGAUGAGAAGCUGAUAGUGAAACUGGUUGGUAUUGAUGGAGAUCCAUUCACUUAUUUGAAGCAGUAUGUGCCAAUCUUUCAGUUCAUCCCAAAGGGCACAGGCACCGAAGCAAUACUGACAAUUGUGUAUGAGAAAAUCAGCGAAAGUAUCAAAGUCCCUGACUACAUGGAUUUCAUGAUUGGACUCACCAAGAGUUUAUCUGAGGGCAUUGUCAAGUCCUAAAUUAAGGAAUAUAAGGAUUGCCGUAUGAUCAGUUGUGUGUGUCCAUUAGUAUGUGUAUGUAUAUAUUGAUGGAUCAUAUAUAAUAUGUAAGAGCCAGUAUUGUAUAGGCUCACUUGGGUUUGUUUGUGUGUGCGCGAUUUCUUGGUGUUUGUGCUUCAGCUUCAAGUGUGUAUGUGUAUAAUGUUUUCAUCAUAAAUAAAAGUCGAAAGCUUGCUGCUUCUAUA